CUAAUUCCGAUCGAGAUCAGUCUGAAAUGGGUCAGACCGACCUAAUAGGGCAUUAUCCAUUUGGGGAAAAAAAUGAAAAUGCAAGAAGUACUCGAUUAUCAAAUGAUCUUUCGAACGCCCCUAGGUUUCACGAGAAAUCUUCUCCAGUUUUACUUCUUGAGGAAGAAUUGGUGCAAAAA